AAGAACAAACCUAUUUUUAGUGGCGGAAAAUUUGAAGUUGCCCGGCAACGAAUUGAUGAUACAAAAUAUAUGACAAACCACCGAUAAGAAUGAAGGAAGAUGUGGACAAUUUUUACCGUAAUACUUACGAACAAAAUCAUGUAUUAUCCAAAUGUGACGAUAUUGUUUUAGAAGCCAAAAGGGUGUUAUUGAAUGAAGACAUUGAAAAAAUGGCCAGUUUCUCUUUAUCAAUCGUUAGUAAAACUCAGGAUGAAAAGUUUAGCACUGCAGAAACAGAAAGUAGCACAAGACACUGUAAAAACCGUAUUGACUGGAACGAUAAUUGCUUCUGGGAAGAUUUACCUAAUCCAAGGAAUAUUGAUACUGUAGAUGUUAUUCCACCAGUUACAAAGCAUUUUUGUAAAGAAAAUCAAAUUGUGAAUAUGGUCAUUGAUGAACUAUUACACCCAUAUGUGAAUCAAAAUUCUGACUUGCCAAAAUCGAAUGAUUCAGAACUUUGUCAAAAAUAUUUUGAUUUAUGGAGAUACAAUAUAAGAUAUGUGAAAGAUCAGAAGGAAACCUCCUAUCAUGCCAGAAUACAGGAAAAAAAGUUAGAGAAUCUCAUGAAGAAGCUCAAAAUUUCUAAGAAAAACAGAAAAAAAUAUCUGGUUACAGAAAAGACACAAUUAUUGAAUAAUGAGCUGAAGGAUUCAGAAUCUUUGAUUACAAAUAAUGGAAUGAUGACAAUGCCACCAAUAAAGUCUUCAAAAUCUUUUGGUAUCUAUAAACAUAGAUUCACUGCUCAAAAAGAUAUAAUAAAUAAACAAAAAGCAAAAUUGAAUGAGCAGAACAAAAUCAUUGAAGAACUCAAAUUUGGGAUUAUAAGAGAGGAUUUAUUAAAAUCCAUUGAAAAUACCAAGGUAAAUAUCAGGGAAAUAUUUGCCAACUGUUCAGAAAGUGUCAAAUGUAAGGUGCCAAUCACCUUAGUUGAGGAAGCAAAAUUCACAGUGAAUACUCAAAAAGCUCCAAAUAUCAUACAAAAAAUGGAACAAAGAGCGGUGGAGAGAGCUCAGAAACGCCAAAUCAUUCAAGAACGAAAACGCAUCAUGGAAGAACAUAGACAAAGAUUGUUAGAAGAAGCAAUUGAGAGAAAAAAAUGUCUAGAGGAAGAAGAUAAAAAGAGGAACCUGGAAAUAAUGAAAGAAAAGAGGAGAAAGGAGCUUGAGAUGGAAAGAACAAGACAAGCAAACAAACAGAGAUACUUGAAUGAUUUAGACACAGCAAUAAAAUUUCAUAACAGAUUUGUUCUUAGGAAUUGUUUUAGAAAUCUAAAUGACAAUAUGCAGUUAUCUAGGGUGAACUAUUCUCUAGCAUGUCAUCAUUUUGAAAAUAAAAUUCUGCAAUGGAGUAUUAACUCAUGGUUGGAAUAUAUUGAUGAUUUAUAUAAAGUCAAAAAUGAAUUGGCAGAUGCACAUUUUGAAUAUAAAGUAUUGAAACAGUGUCUAAAAACAUGGAAAACUUGGCAUCUGGAAAAUAUCAGAAAUAUGCAAGUAGCUGAGGAUAUCUACGAUUUUCAUUUGACCAAAAACACUUUCAUUCACUGGCAUAGAUAUGUUUGCAUCCAAAUUAUGUUACAAGAUAAAUAUGAGAAAGUAGCAGAAGAACAUUAUAAUAGGAAAAUUUUAUUUCAUUAUUAUCAUCAAUGGAUGUCACUGAAAGCUGUUAUGGAGCUGGAAAAAGCGAAAGAGCUCAGAAAACGGAGAUGGAGGGAAAAAGUUUGGGAAAUUUUACCAGACUACAAACCUCCAGAAGAUUUUUAAAUCAAUAUUGAUCAUAUUUGUCAACUUUACACACAGUUUCAUACUUUUAUACUAUAUACAUUUGAUAUGUAAAAAAACAAUAAUAUAUUCACAGAUUUAAUUCAUCAUACUAUUUUUCUGUGAAAUCUGCAUCAAAAUCAUAACUUUCAACAGACAUACUCUUAUCUGUUUUCAAAGAAAAACUCUCCAAACUUUGUGAUAACUCCUUUGAAACCUUAGCCCUUCUAUUUCUCUGUUUCUUUUCUUUCUUGAACUGCAACUUCUUUAUCUGAUUCAGUUUCUGGUUCCCUUCCAGUUCCAUUUCAGGAUCCACUUUUUUUGUCCUUGCUACACCUUUUCCUUUCUGAGCCUUUUUUGUGGUUGACACAUUAAUUUUUUUACUAAGCUGCAAUGAAAAAUGAAUACUGAUAUAUUAAUCAAU